AUGACUGUGGGGAACGGCAAGACGGUAGACGGGAGCAGCGCCGCGGCCAACGAGUUUGGCGAGGUUCGAACGCCGGAUUUGGACAUCAUUUCUCUCAGCGACCUGUCAGACGACCGGGUCCAGGCUCUAAAGGACGAAAUCGCCCGACGCAGCAUGUCUCUCCAGGCUCUUGAAUCGCUGGCCCAAGAGCUACCAACCAAGAGAGACGCCACCGACACAGAAGACAGCAUGUUGCAUACGGACAUAGUCAGCUUGGGGCUGUCUGAGAACGGGGGAUCUGCCUCCAUCAGCCCCAGCUCCACCACCACCACCACCACCACUCUGGAUCCCAAGGUACGGGACAGCCAUCACAAGCGAGACAGCAACGCGUCCAAGUCGUCACGAGAUUCCAUGUACGACCACACCUACAUCAACCAGUUCAUCCAGAAGGGUCUUUCCGACUCUGUGGGCUCCAACACCUCCAAGGUGAUUGCGGGGCUGCAAAACACAAUUGACACGCUAAGGCGGGAGCUCAAGGACCAGAACGCAAAGUACAUUGAGGCCAAAAAGGGCCGCGAUGCGCUGUCCAAGCGGUGUGACAACCAGAACCAGUCGAUGGAGUCACUCAAGCACCAGAACGAGAUGCUCAACACCAUGAUCGAACGCAAAGAGCGCCAGAUCCACGACGUGGAACACAAGAUGGCAGUGCAAAAGUCACGUGCCCAGACACUCGAAAAGGAGCACGCCGACAAUGAGGCCCGCAUGAUCGAUAUGGAGGAGCGCACCGCAGCGGCCGAAGACAAGUACCAUCAUCUACAGGCGUCUGCGGACGCUUCUGCGGACGGCUUACGACGAAAGGAGGAGUAUCUGCGGGCGGAGUUCAAGACGCUACAAGAUUCGAUCAUGGCGGUCAGCAACGCACAGGCAGAGAAGCUCCAAAAGGAGGAGGAAUGGAGACAGGAGAUCAUCAACAAACUGACCCGGGAGGAGGAGCUGCGCAACCAGAUACGCAAACACCAGCUGGACUUUGAGAAGCUGGCUGCCCAGCGAGAAGCAAAGAUACAGACCAUGCUGGUAGAGUUCAAAAAGGGAAUACAGGGUCACGGGUCCACUGUGGACGACACAGUACUGAAACUGGAACAGCUGUCCAAAGAAACUACAGACGCAUUGGAGGUGUUGAAAAAGAGCCAGAGAGAGCUGGUGAAAGAAAAUGAAGAGUUGAGAGCGAGAGAGAGUGCACCAUCGAGCAGUUCAGCUGUGGAGGACUAA